AUGCCGAGAAGCUCGGAAGUCAUCGAGACGACUAUUGCAACACACGAUUCCAUCGACAGAAAGUCGAAACGAACCAAUAGCUGGGAGACGAAAAAUGCGAUUGUCUAUGAUGUAUCCUCACAAAAGUUAUUGACGACAAAGCGCGAAGCAAUCGAAGCGGAUCACACUCGUAUCAAGAUUCCAAAGCGUCCUCCAAGUCCUCUGCAGAAGGACAACGUUCGGAUAUCGAUGCCAUUGAACUCAGCAGCAGGAUCGGAUGUCCUCGCAGAAGUCAAGUUGAGCAGUCUUGGAUUAAAAGUCGCAUUUGAGCGGUAUCGAGGAAAUAUUGCCGAAAUUUGGGUAAAAGGUAUCCCACAAUAUGUGCUUUGA